AUGAAAAGAUUCAGAUUUGGAAGAAAGAAUAGUACUGCUAAUUCCACCACUUCCUCAACCAAGAAUUCUCCUAGAAAAGAAAAAGUCAGAAGCAGCCGUACUUCGAAAUCAUCAGCAUCAUUUCAAGCGCCCAAUUCGCCCCCUCGUUCACCACUACAAGACAAAGGAUACCACACUUUUGGUGCAGACGACUUGAAUAGUAACGAUCACCACUCAUACUCACAACAACGCCACGGAAGUACAGCAACAGGAGGAGCCAUGCCACUGGCACAAGAUCAUCAUAGUUAUACCCUGGAGCCAUUUGGCAUUACCACCGAUCCAUCAACAGUUCCUUACAAAUCUCGUGCUCCACCACAUUUAAAUGUAAGCAACCCCUGGAAUAGAUUCAAGAUUUUCGAUUCACCUUUCCCAAGGUACAGGCAUGCAGCUUCUGCUAUAUCGAGCGAUAAAAAUGAAGUGUUUAUUAUGGGUGGAUUGAAGGAUGGUUCUGUUUUUGGUGAUACUUGGAGAAUUAUUCCUCAUGAAAGUCAUGAGGGGGAAGUUUUGAAUUAUUCGGCAGAAAAUAUCGAGGUCAGCAAUAACAACAACCCACCAGCAAGAGUUGGCCAUUCGUCUGUUUUGUGUGGUAAUGCCUUUAUCAUUUAUGGUGGAGACACUGUUGAAACAGAUGAAAAUGGGUUUCCUGACAACAACUUUUAUUUGUUUAAUAUCAAUAAUCACAAGUACACCAUCCCUAGUCAUAUCAAGAACAAGCCAAAUGGUAGGUAUGGCCAUACAAUCGGAGUUGUCGCGGUUGGCAACUCGUCAAGGCUUUACUUGUUUGGAGGCCAAUUGGAAAAUGAUGUGUUUAAUGAUAUGUAUUAUUUUGAGUUGAACUCAUUUAAAUCAUCAAAAGCUAGUUGGAAAGUUGUUGAUGCUUUAAACAAUUUCAAACCUCCGCCAUUAACCAACCACUCAAUGUCGGUAUACAAGGAAAAAAUCUACGUCUUUGGUGGUGUUUACAAUAACGAAAAAGUGUCGAAUGAUUUAUGGGAAUUUGAUGCUAAAGAAGAAAGGUGGCAACAAAUUCAAACCAGCGGUACUACACCAUUGCCAGUCAAUGAACAUUCAGCUUGUGUUGUUGAUGACAGAUUGUACAUCUACGGUGGUAAUGACUUUAGCGGUGUCAUCUACAGUAGUCUUUAUGUAUUGGACUUGAAAACAUUCACGUGGUACAAAUUAUUGGAAAGUGCCGAAGAGAAUGGACCUGGUCCAAGAUGUGGACACUCAAUGACUUAUUUGCCUAAAUUCAACAAGUUGAUCAUUAUGGGUGGGGACAAGAACGAUUAUAUUGUAGCCGACCCCCAAAAUUUUGACACCUAUGAGGCUUUUGAUGGUGCUGAAGUUGGAACCAUGGUUUAUGAGUUAGACGUCAGCAUUGUCGACCAGUUCAUUUCUGAGCCUGUUGAAAGAGCAAGAAAACCAAGAAAAGCUGCCGCUUCAGCUUCCGCUGCUGCUGCUGCUUCUUCCACUGAUGGAUUUGACCGCCAUUCUAGAACUACAUCAGCUGGCCCUGAAGAUUAUGCCACUCCGCGUGCUUCACCACCACCGCCAGAUCGUUCAAACUUGAAUAGAGGGUUAUCUACAAACACAAUGUCCCGUCAUGCCGACUUUGUUGAUGUUGAAACUCCUUCAGGAACUAUUUCACAAGUUGACCCAGAAGAUGAACACCACUUGAAUCCAUAUGAUGCUAUUGAUCGUGAAACUAAUGAACCACAAAUUGGUGAGCCGGUGAAUAAUGGACACUUGGACAAAGCACAUCAUCACGGAGUGGAGGAUGCUACUACUACAACUACUGAUGAUGAUGACGAUGAUGACGAUGAUGCCGAAGCAGUAUACUUGAAGAGAAGAUCUCUUGAUCCUAAAUUCAACCAUGAAAAUGAAGACGUUGUCACAAAUGGUGUUUCUGGUGCCGGUGUAGCUGCUGCAUUUGCCGCAGCUGGUGCUGCCGGAAAGUCUGCUGGGCACGCCUCAGUCUUGAAGAGAACCUUAGGUGAACCAGAAGAUGACGAUGAUGACACAAUUGACGAAAGAUCAAGAAAUAGGAGAUCAAGUGUGGCAGAUAAAUCAUAUGGUCUGACAUCGCACUAUCCUGAUAUUACUAGUGAUCAUGAGACAUCAUCCUAUAGUCACGGCAGGAGCUAUGUCUAUGAUGACGAACACAAUGAGGAGAAGGAUGAUGUGGUCGAGCCAAUUACCACCAACAGAAACAUUCGCGCCACCACAUCUUCUUCCUCAAAUGACAGAAGAUUGAAUCAAAUCAUUGAAGAGUUGAGAAACGAAUUGGACCAAGUCAAGUCAUCAACUAAUCAGCAAUUGCAAACCGCCACUGAAAAGAUUGAUUCACUCCAGCAACAAAAUGCUCAAUUGCAAUCAUCGCACAAAAAUGACACUGAUGUCUAUACUCGUCAACUCAAUGAUAAAGAUGCCAUGAUUAAUGAGUUGAAGCUGAGUCUUGAUCCAAGCGCAUGGGAUCCCGAGCAACCACAAACGACAACCAACUUGUCUGAAUUGAGUCGUUACAAGUUGGAAAGGUUGGAAUUGAACAAUAAAUUGCUUUAUUUAGGGCAGGAGAAUCGUAAGUUGCACGAUCAAUUUACCGAAUUUGAACCAUUUAUGAAUAAUCAAAUCGGCGAAUUGGCCAAGUUCCAAAAAGUUAUUAAAGUUCAAGAAGAACAAAUUGAUAAAUUGAGUAACCAAGUUAAGGAUCAGGAAGGUUUACAUAAGGAAAUUAAUGAUUGGAGAUCGAGAUUUGAUAAUUUGAGCUUGGAAUUUGAAAAUUACAAGGCUAUUCAUAACGAUGAUGAAAUUGAAGUUGGUGAUGAUGAAGCAGAUACAUCAUUUACUGGCGGCUCCGUAGCUGGUGAUAACCGAUCAAUUUUAAGUUCGGCAAGAACGAGAAGAGACAUUUCGACGCAAUUGGAAAACUUGGUCAAUUUAUGGAACAUCAAACAACCAUCAGCCCGUGAAGUGUCACCACUGGCUACGCCUGAUAAUAACCCAGUAGUAGCCAAGUUACAACAACAAGUUGAUGAUUUGUUGCGCAUUAGUAAGCAAAAUGACGAAGUUAGUAAUAAUGAGAUUUCGACCUUGCGUCAAGAAUUGCAAGCACGUAUAGCCAAUUUGAAGAACUUGGAAGACAAUUAUCGUGAAUCAUUGCAAUCGGUCAAUAACACAUCGAAAGCCUUGAAGUUGAAUCAAGAAGAAUUGAAUAAUCAACGUAACUUUGUGGAUAAGUUGAUUAAAGAGAAUAAUGAAUUGAAGAUGUUCAAAUCGGCACAUUUCAAGAAAUCGGGUGGAUCAUCUACACCAGUGCUUGAUGAUGCAUUUGCUGAUGCUCAUGAGUCUGUUAAUGAUGUUGAGGACGAUGAAGGUGUUAUUAGCAAUGCUCAUUUCAAUAUGAAGAUUAAGGAUUUAGAAGCCGAUUUGUACAUUAUCAAACAAGAAAGAGAUCAAUUGAAAGAUAACGUCACGGCAUUGCAGAAACAAUUGUACUUGGCUCAAAACAAUUGA